CUCCGCGUGUGUCCCCGUCUUCCCAGGAAAACCAGGUGGUCCGCGUCUCUUUCUCCAACCUCUUUAAGGAGUUCAAAGCCACGGCCACCUGGCUGCAGUUCCCCUUCAUCUGCGGAGCGGCCAAGGCUUCGGCGUGCGACCGCACGGCCAGGCGCGGUGAGGAGCGUCUCGCGGGAGCAGCCCCCGCCGACGCGCGCUGGACCUGCCUGGUGCUCGACCUUCGCUCCGUCCUCUCCCUCUACCUCAACCGCCGCUACAGCCACCUGAAGAGCAUCAAGCUCUGCUCCAACCUGCUGGUGAAAAACCUCUGCACGAGCGACUUGGUGUUCGACCCAGGUGUGACCUUCUCCGAAGCCCGGCAAACCGACCUGGCCCGCCGCGGGGUCGCUCCCAUGCCGCGGGAAAUGGCUUUCCCUGUGCCGAAGGGAGAGAAUUGGCACGACCUCUACGACUACAUCAGGUUCCCAUCCGAGGGGUCGAAGCUGCCGUACGACUUCAUCCAGAAGAGCUGCUCGGGUCCUGCGGCAGGUGGCCAAGUCUCGGAGGACCCCGUCUGCCAGCUGCCCCAGCCGGUGAUGCUCACCAAAGCCGUACGUGAUCGACUGUCCCUCAUCCAUCAGAUAACCAGUCCCAAAGCUAUGCCGCGUCGGUGUCCUGUAAUGACAAAAAACAUCCCUGAGGUUCACCUGACAGCCCCAGGGCCUCCGAGAGCCGUGCCUGCUGCAGACCAGGAGCUGGAGAAGAAUCAGAGACCACGUAGCACGGGGGACGCGGGGCGGUCACUGGCAGUCGGGGAUGGUAGCAUCCAUGUGUACGCUCACCGGAGGAGCGAACAAACCAUCCGAGCCAUCCACAGCGGCUCAGAGGAGAGCGUGUACGGGAAGGGCCCUGGACCAGGCGUGCCGUCCGGCAGGAGAGCCUCUGCCCGCAGGACGCUCUUACCAGAUCCCAUCCUGAAGCUGAGAAUGAUUAUUGGCUUUGGAGGCUGCAGCACCAAGUGGGCGCUGUGGACUCGAGACAACGCUGCGGUGGUCUACCCCUGCCACGCCGUUAUAGUGACCCUGCAGAUCCAGACCGGAGAGCAGAGGUUCUUCAUUGGACACACAGAUAAGGUGUCGGCGCUGGCCUUCAACGGGAGCAGCACCUUGCUGGCUUCCGCGCAGGCUGGCCCCCUGAGCCUGGUGCGUCUCUGGGACUUCCCGACGGGCAGCUGCCUCUCGGUGUUUAAAACCCACGUCCGCUCCCUCUUGUCCCUGAGCUUUUCCUACAGCGGAGCCGUUCUGUGUGGCGUCGGAAAGGACGGGCAUGGCAAAACGAUGGUGGUGGUGUGGAACGCUGCUCAAGUGACCCGUGGCGGAGAGGUGGCCGUGCUGGCCAAAGCGCACACGGAUGUGGACAUCCAGGCCUUGAAGAUUGCUUUUUUUGAUGAUACCAGGAUGGUGUCGUGCGGCCGGGACAACGUCAGGCUGUGGCGAGUGCGGAGCGGAGCGUUGCGUUCAUGUCCUGUCAAUCUGGGCGAGUACCAUUCCCUGGAGUUCACCGACCUGGCCUUCGAGGAGGGACACGUGGCCGAGCGGGAGCCAGAGGACCGCACGCUCUUUGUCUGCAGCAAGAGCGGCCACGUCUUGGAGGUGGACUACAAGAACGUCUGCAUGAGGAGCGUGCGGCGGCUCCUGCCCGCACAGCCCCGGGGCUGCCAGCGGCAGGAGAAGGCAGGCAGCAGCGCAGGCCCUGGGAUCGCUAUAAACAGUAUUAGCGUCUCCUCAACCUUCUGUGCCACGGGUUCGGAAGACGGCUACCUGCGGCUGUGGCCGCUGGACUUCUCAGCCGUUGUCUUAGAGGCAGAGCACGAGGCUCCGGUGAGUUCUGUCUGCAUCAGCCCGGACAGCCGCAAGGUCUUGUGCACGACGGCUGCUGGGAAUCUGGGCUACCUGGAUAUCGAGUCCCGGGACUAUAACACCCUCAUGCGCUCUCACGAGGACUCCGUUUUGGCGUUCUCGGUGGAGGGGAUUUGGAAGCAGAUGGCAACGGUGUCUCGGGACAGUACCAUCCGAGUCUGGGACCUCGUCUCCAUGCAGCAGCUGUAUGACUUCACAGCUGCAGAUGAAAUGCCGUGCGCUGUGGCCUUUCACCCGACCCAGCAGAUCCUGGCCUGUGGCUUUGACAGCGGGAUGGUGCGGACCUUCAGCUUGGCUGCCUCCGAUCUGCUGGUGGAGCACAAGCAGCACCGCACUGUGAUCACUGGACUGACCUUCUCUCCGGAUGGCAAUUUCAUGUUCAGCUCCUGUUUGCAGGGAACUCUGGCUCUUUACAGCUCUAUGGCGCAGAAAAGCCACGUCCUGAGAGUCCUGGGUAACGUGGUGGCCCGGGAUGCUGGGAGCGGUCCAGAUGCUUUGGUGGUCAGUGGGGACAGCCGUCUCUUGGCCUUCGUGGGUCCCUCCAAGUACGUUGUGACCGUGAUGGAGGCCUGCUCUCUAGAUGAGCUGCUGAGGGUGGACAUUAGCAUCCUCGAUUUGAACAGCACGGCCUUGGACUCUGCAGUGAGAGUCUGCUUUGCUCCGGCGCCUCAAGGCGAGCUCCUGGUGUCCACUUCUUCCAAUAAAAUCCUUGUGCUCGAUGCAAAAACGGGACGACUGGUGCGAGAGGUGUCUCCCGUGCACAAGCUGUCCUGUUCUUCCUUGGCGCUGAGCAAGGAUGGCAGGUACCUGCUCACUGCUGGCGACAAAGUUAUCAAAGUGUGGGACUACCGGAUGCGCUUCGAUAUCAACUUCCAGGUUUACAUCGGCCACUCGGAGCCAGUGUGCCAGGUGGCCUUCACCCCAGACCAACGGCACGUCCUCAGCGUUGGAGAUGCCAUCUUCCUCUGGGAUUUCCUGGCUUUGCCUGCGGAAAUGUCACCCUCAGCCAGGGCUCGUUCCUCCGAGGCCACUCCGCUGCCGGGGGCGGGUAUUUUCUCCGAGUCGGACAAAGAGGAGGAAGCAGGUCUGCCAGGCAGCAGCAGGAUGGUGGCAAACGGAGACAAAGACGCCUCGGUCCCUGUGGUGGAGUCGGUCGGGUACGAGGAGCUUGUUGUUGUAAGGCCCAAAAGUUUCUCAUCUCCUCCGGCUGGCAGCGAGGUCUUGAAGCUGAAAGCAGUGAUCGGCUACAAUGGAAACGGCAGAGGGAAUAUGGUGUGGAACCCGGACACAGGCUUCUUCGCCUACACCUGUGGCUGCGUCAUCGUGGUUGAAGACCUGCACUCGGGAUUGCAGAAUCACUGGCUUGGCCACGCAGAGGAGAUCUCUACGCUUGCCCUCAGCCACGAUGCCCAGGUUCUUGCCUCUGCCUCAGGAAAGAGGAACGGAGACUCCCAUUGUCAGAUCUGCAUCUGGAACAUCCAGGAUGGGGUUUGCACGGCAAAUCUCUUCCAUCACGAGACCCAAGUACAAGCCAUGGCAUUCUCUCGGGAUGAUAGAUUCCUUGUUACUCUAGGGGACUACAGUGAUCAAACCAUUGCUCUGUGGAAUACCUACACGUACGAACUCAUGUCAUCGACUUGUAUCUUGGAGCCAGUCCAUGACGUGGCUUUUAGUCCUCGUUCUCACAGAGAACUGGCCUGUGUGGGGAAAGGAGGCGUGACGUUUUGGCUGUUGGAGCAGCAGGGAGCGGAUGUCAACCUCAAGGUUCAUCAGGCCCCUGCCCCGGACGUGUUAGGGCCGGUGGAGCUGACCUCUAUCUGUUACGGUGCUGACGCGCUUCUUUAUAGUGGGACCAACUCAGGCCAGAUCUGCGUGUGGGACACCGAGACUAAUUGCUGCUUCAUGACGUGGGAGGCCGACGAGGGCGAGAUUG